AUGGCUCCCUCUAAACGUACCUUCCAAGUCACUUCCAACGAGAGCCCCCUAGCGUCUUUACACUCCAACAAAAGUCCCUCCAAGAGAACGAGAAACAGCAGGAAGAUUGUAGAAGAUGCGUCAGAUGAUGAAGCUCUUACUCCUCCUCCUGGUAGCUCACCGGGCGGUCCAGAUGUUGCGAAUUCGCCCAAUGAAGAUGACGACCAGGAAAACAGCGAAAGUCCUGAACAGACGUUCUCCAACUCUGCCCCCUCGGGCACUGCUCCCUCCACCUCUGACGUUGCCUCUCCCAGUCGAGACAUUGACCGCUCAGACUCGGACGAUGCCGCUCCCAGCCCAGACGAUGUGUCUCCCAACACAGGUUCUGGCGCAACUCUUCACUCCUCCAACGGUUUCUCCGGCCCACCCACCACCGUUCUCAGACUCAGGCUUGUCGGUGGUACUACAACGAGCUCACAACAUGACCAAGACACCUCGACGGAUGGAACGAACGGCGCAUCUUCCCCUCCGGAUGACACAACUGAUUCCGAACCGACUUCUAGCCUUGUGGACGGUGCCCCCGUUGUAGAUGAGAUGUUGAGAUAUGAUAUUCGGUCUGACUUCGAUGAGACACUUAAAAGGCGUCUUGAGGCUCUGUUGACCUAUUCAAACGCAGCAGACAGCGUCUACUCUCUUUCCUGUCUCCCCCUUCAAGAUAUGACGUGGGGAUCGACGGAAAACCACACUGCUAACAAGCUUUGCAUCCGUGGAAAUCCUUCAGUACCUGUUACUACAUGGAUAACCGCUUUGAUCGAUCGCCUCUAUAUGUUCGAAACGGAUGGUGGUCCCAAGAAGAAGGUCACAGUCGCUUUGUCCCCUUUGACGGAGCAUAGUCUUCGUGUCGGCUACAAGAUUCAGAAAACCUUCUCGAAACCUGCUGAGACGAUUGACACCAACCAUCGUCGGCUCUAUGCCUCUCGUUGGCAGACAGUCCGCCUUCCUCGUCAGAGAGAGAUGGAGGUUGUGCCUUUCAGGGAGUGCUAUGACGCGAGAAGCCGUUACCAGGUGAAGUCAAACAUGGACCGUGUUGACGUUGAGGACUUGAACGUGGGGGAUGUGGUGCUCGUUGAGGCUCAUAUUACUCGGUUCUCGACGGUGGAGGCUUUGAAUAAGCAGAAGACUUGGCAGGAACAGGCGAGGGCGAGGAAGAAGGGCUUCGUGGAGUACAAGUCCAUGUUCGAGUUGUCCUCCAUCUCGUUGCUGAAGUCAAUUCCGGAUGAGCUCGUCAGGCGCAGUCCUGUGCCGUCUUCUCGUCCAUUUUCAGGUUUUAUUUAG